UGUUGUUAUUCACACUCUCUUUGUCUUGAUGCCCAUUGUCCCCAAUGCAGAAAGUGAUGGCAAGUACUAAAUUGUAAAGUUGUCACUGAAAGAAGAAGUAUGGGCAAAUCUUCCAAUGGAGAUUCCUGUUCUGGUGACAAGUGUCCAAGAUGAGAGCUUCUCUUAUGCUGUAGAGGGGCGGACUGAAAACUCAUGGGGCCCCUGGGCAAUAGGGGAUCAUGGGGCCCCUGUGUCCUUGCCCAAACCCAAAAAAGCCUAUGAAAAAGGUACCAGGGACAUCUCAUGGGGGCCCCCUACUGACCCCGGGCCCUCAGUCAGUGCCUGAGUUUCCAAAUGGUCAGUCUGCCCCUGGUACUGCCUACCAAACACAACAG